AUCCUCAUGGAAAACAAUCAUGUUUUCAAUGGUGACGACUGUGUCGCUGUCAACAAUGGUGCCCACAACGUCACUAUCCGCAAUAUGGUCUGUGAAGGCGGGCAUGGGGCCUCCCUAUCCGGCACUAACAACAUUGUCAACAUUCACUUUGACAACAUCACUUCCCGCAACUUUCUCUAUGCGACGCGCUUCAAAUCCUCCUUAAACAGUACGGGCAACGUGUACAACGUUACCUGGUCCAACAUCUACGUGCUCAACGCAACUUUUCCCAUUUUCGCUACUUCUGUUUACUUCGAUCAGAAUACAAACCGCGGAUUGACGCCAGACAACUUCGGUCCCGGUACCAAAGCGACAAAUAUCACCAACUUCUCGUGGAUCAAUGUCACAGGAACCAUUAACGACAUGUAUCCC